CAAAACACUGCUUGUAGCUGUCGCUGGCUAAGGUAGGGGCGCCAUCUUGAAGCCUGAGUGCUGUUGAAAGCCGACACAAAACGGUCAAACGCCUCUAUACGAGCGCGGGCGUUUGCUUUUUCUUGCCUUCGAGGGCUAUCUGGAACCGCGUUCGGCAUGGCUCGGACUUGUUACAGCGCACAUUAGUGACGUGCCAGUGACAACUUGGCCGCAGUGUGAGUUAGCUUCUCGCUUUUGGGUGGGAGGGAGGAACGGGGGAUUUGGGUCCAUUUUUUCCCCCCGAAGUAGUUUGUUUAUGUUAUUCCACACGGACAUGUCAUCUUCAAACCAAGAUUUAGCUGAGGCAGAUCUGGGCAUGGGGGCCAGCGGGGCCCAAGCGAGCGGCGGGGCCGUCAUACCAAAAAGCAGCAAGAGACGAGCAGCGCCCGAUUUUGAUGACGACGAAGGAAACAAGUUGUUCAGGUGCGACGAUGACACGGGUGGCUCCAACGACAAAGAGCGCUUCGCGAGGGAGAACCACAGCGAGAUCGAGCGGCGGCGGCGGAAUAAGAUGACGGCCUAUAUCACGGAGCUGUCGGACAUGGUGCCUACCUGCAGCGCGCUGGCGCGCAAGCCCGACAAGCUCACCAUCCUGCGCAUGGCCGUGUCACACAUGAAGUCGCUGAGAGGCAGUGGCAACACCAACCCGGACGGCUCCUACAAGCCCUCCUUUCUCACCGACCAGGAGCUGAAGCAUCUCAUCCUGGAGGCGGCUGACGGCUUUCUGUUCGUGGUGUCGUGCGAGAGCGGUCGCAUCGUUUACGUGUCGGACUCGUUGACGCCCGUCCUCAACCAGUCACAAUCCGACUGGCUGGGCUCAUCGCUCUAUGACCAGCUGCAUCCCGAUGACACGGAGAAGCUGAGGGAGCAGCUGUCCACGGUGGAGAACAACAACACGGGAAGGAUGUUGGACUUGAAAACAGGAACGGUGAAGAAGGAGAGCCAGCAGUCCUCGGCCAGGAUGACGAUGGGAGCCCGCCGCUCGUUCAUAUGCCGAAUGAGGUGUGGCUCGUGUCCGGUGGAACCAGUGUCUAUGAACAGACUCAACUUCCUUAGGAAUAGAAACAGGAACGGUUUGGGUGUUGCAAAGGAGGGAGAGCCGCAGUAUGUGGUGGUCCACUGUACAGGAUACAUCAAAUCCUGGCCGCCCGCAGGUGUCUCCUUAUCAGACAACCAAGCGGACAACGCUCAGGGGAGUCGCUACUGUCUCGUUGCCAUCGGCAGACUGCAGGUGACUUGCUGUCCAGGUGACUCGGAUGUCAACAGCAUCAGCGUUCCGGUGGAGUUCAUCUCGCGCCAUAACUGCCAGGGCAUUUUCACCUUUGUCGACCACCGAUGCGUGGCGGCCGUCAGCUACCAGCCACAGGAGCUGUUGGGAAAGAAUAUUCUUGAACUUGCCCAUCCCGAGGACCAGGGCUUGCUCCGGGACAGCUUUCAACAGGUGAUGAAGCUGAAGGGUCAAGUCCUUUCAGUGAUGUUCCGCUUCCGCGCCAAAUCGAAAGAAUGGAUUUGGAUGAGAACCAGCUCCUUCACCUUCCAGAACCCGUUUUCAGAAGAGAUUGAAUACGUCAUCUGCACAAAUGUCAACGUCAAAAACGCUACUCAGAACCCUCUCACACCCGUCCGCUCCCCAGGGGGUUUGCUGCCGCCCUCCCUGUGUCAGAGCGGCUCAAACAGCCCCCCUGUGGUUGUUAGCCCCGGGCAGGUAGCUACCAGGCAAUUGCAGCAGCAACAGCAGCAGGCCGAGCUGGAAGGGGGCGGGGCCAGUGACGGCCUGUAUGAGGCGGGACCGAUAACGCUCUCGCAGGUGGAGGUGCAGCCGGCGACUUCGGCUGGGCCGGACCACGGCAAGAGCCUGGAGAAGCCCGACCUGUAUCCGUCGUCCCUUUUCCAAGGCCCCGGUCAAAGCAAGGGCGUGGCCGCCCCUCCAACGCCCUCAGCCCAAAUCUACCCCCCUGUCAACAACUUCAAUGCCAGCGAUGCAUACAGGCCAGUCAGCAUGGCGCCGCAGAUGCCGCAACCGGCCCACUCGGCGGGGCAGAUGCUAGCCCAGCUGUCCCGGCAGAAUGGAGCCCCGCAGCCCGUCACCCCUUCCAACAUCGCCAGCCCCCUCCACAGAGGACCGGCAGGAGGCUGGCACGGUCCCGGAGCAGUCGCCGGAACCCUAUUCACGAAUCAGCAGGUGGCUCCCCAAGCAGCUAAGACCAUGUCCCCGCCGUUUGCUUCCAUGGGUGGGUUUGGAGGCGGCUCUUCUGCUUCUUUUGGUCAGAUGCCCACUGGUGCAGCUCCCAGUCAAACCAGCGGCCCAAACUACCCACAAAUCAACGCACGUGCCAGCGUCAACACAAACGGUUAUGAUGCUUCUCAGUCGCAGUUCCCCUCCCGGGCAGCGGAGGCGGUGUGGCCCCAGUGGCAGGGCCAGCAGCAGCACUCACAGAGCAAUGCCGAGCAGCAGCCUCACGCGCAAGCCAACCAGCAAGACAUGUUUACUGACGUGUUGUCCAUGCUGGACCAGCCCAGCAACUUCAAUAGCGAUGACUUUGAUAUUCCCAUAUACCCCACAUUUCACGAGUGACUGCAGGUGGCAGACGUACAGCCCCCAACGUCCCUUUGUUUUGGUCUAAAGCCCGCACACACGGGCUCUCUUCCCCUCUUUGUUAAUUUUUAGUCUCCUGCUCUCGAGAACAGCCCUUAGCUUUUGGCCCGGCUUCCAUCGCAGUGCUCAACAAGGAGCCGUGGACAGUCUGCAGGUAGGCAGUUAAAUCAAGGGAUGGCAGCCUUUUCUCAACAGAAUAUUUCUUAGUCAACAUAGGCUGCAGAUAGGAAGUUGAAUCAAGGGAUGGCAGCCUUUUUCGCCGCUGAACACGUCUUAGUCAACAAAGACACAAAGUGAAUCAACUCACCCGCGCUCACACAUAAUGGCCUUUCGCUCUUUUACGGUCCUGAUUCUUCUCAGGAAUUUCAACUUUGGACAUAUAAGCUUCAUAGAGCUAAUCUUUUUUUUUAUUUUAAUUAACUCUCAGGAAACGGCAGUGAUGUGUUGCUUUUUUUAACUAUUAUGAUUGCACGCGCACACACAAGCCCACGUCUGUGAUUUUAAAUCCAGGACGGUGGCGCUGCUUCUACAUCACUUUGAUUCAUACUCUGUACUGUUUUCCACAUGGCUUCGCCUACGCAUUCUUUCUCUGGGCAGAGUAGGAGUCCUUUUUUUUAAUUAUUAUUGCUUUUAAUAUAUUGUACAGUGGACUAAAGUCAACCGUCAUCUGUUCAAAAAUAGAAAAUGAAAACCUGCACAUACUUCACAGACAAUCGAGAGAAAACAACAAUUUUGUGGAAUGAGUAACACAAAAGGGAAAGGCAACAAAUAAGUCCGCAAUGUCAGUGAACUUGGCUUUGCCAACGCGAUACUACUUGAGUUCCCGUCCCCAAAAACUCUUCAAAGCAUAAACAAAACUAUGUUCCAUGCAAUAACAAACAAUUUGUAUCCAAAUAACCAAAACACUUUUGGCUGGCUUGUUCAUGCGAGAUAAAAUUAUGAUAGCCUAAGAGCGACUCGUGUUCCUCGUGUUAACGUUUUGUUGUAUUCCGACGGAAGCCCCCAACAUUGGCUGAAAUGAGGUCACGCAGCAUCGGGAUGAGAUGUGAGCCAUAUUGUGACCAAACGUUUGCACUCGUAAAUUUGAGCUUCCAUUGUACACGCCAAAAGGUGUUUGGAUUUUUUCCCCCCCCCGAGACUGGUAGUUUUGAGUAUAUGACAACUCGAGCGUAUUCUAUGUAUCAAAUGCGCGAGUGAGUGAGCGAGCGAGCGAGUGAGCGAUCGGUGUGAAGAGUCUGUUUCAAACAUGCUCGUUAAUCUCUUCCAUCGCCCUGCAAUACUCUGUACUACGUAUGGGCACUUUGUAAUCCUUUUGUUAAAAAAAUAAAAAAGUUGUAAAAGACAUCACAUAGCAAUAAGUUAAAAAAACACAAAAAAAAAACCCGCCAACAUGAAUUUUGUCUUUUUAAAGCCAUUCUUUACUUGUGUCCUGACUGGAAUGGAGAUGUGGAAUCAUUGAGUCAUUUGUGAUUUGGCCGACUUGCCAUAGUUUGCUUGAUUGGUCUUAAUGGUAUUAUCUGUCAUGGUUUAAUCGGGGUACUGAGGAUACAAAUGGGGAAAAAACAGAGGUAAAAAAUAUAUUAUUAAUUGUUUUUGUGUUUGAGACAAAUAAUUGAAACUGGACUGAAGGUUUUGCCACCACAAUCGUUUUGUAGUUUGAUUACAAUGUUGUGAGGUGAUAAAUAUUUAAAGGUCAAUUUAAGUGUUGGAAUUUGGCCAUUUUUUCAAAGAAGACAACACUCCAUUGUUUGUGCGUAAACCCCGUACGACUCGCAGUGAGUAAAGCCUUUUUUAAGGAGCUUCUUUUUGUUUGGUCUUUUUGGUUGCUCUCUGUGCAGAGGUUUUCCAAUGAUGUGAACUUUUAGCACUCAUAGCGACACAAAUAUAUAAAUAUUCUGUAAAUGUCUAAGAAAUGUUCAACACGUGAACAAAAUGUUUGUUUUUGUAUUAAAUUGAUAUAUUGAUGAGA